AUGGUAACUACUUCAGAAUUAAAUCAAUUGAAUGAAAUUAAUGAAAAAGAAGAACAGAAUUUAUCUUUUUCAGGAGGAAGUUUUAUUCCAAAUUCAAUAAGAUGGAUUCUUCAACAUGAACUUGAACAAGCAUCAUCUUCAUCAACUUCAAUUGAAAAUGAUACUCUUAGAAAUAAACGAUUACAUUAUCUAUUCAAACAACAAACUUAUGAAGAUGAACCGGUAAUUGAAGAAUUAACAACUAAUAUGAAUACUACAGAUGAAGAAGAUGAUACUCUGGUUAAUUUUCCUACAACUUUGUUAAAAACUCAUGAAUUGACUAAUAAUUUGGAGUUUGAAUUAAUGCAAUCAUCAUUACAACUAAACAAUUAUUCUGAUAUAUUAGAUAUGAAUAUUGUAGAUUCAAUUCAUGAUGAUAAUGAAAUAAUCAAUAUUAGUGAUCAUACAUUAUCAGAAGAAGUAGUGGAAAAUGAUCAAUUAAAUCCUUCAUCUUCACUCAUUCACUUAGAAGAAGAUACACCACUUAUUCAAAUUCAUCGUAAUCACCAUCGCCACCAUCAAUCUCACGAACAACAUCACACAGUCGAUUCUAUCAAGAAACCUAUCAAAAGAUUUAAAUCUAAAUCUCUGUAUGAUUUAAAUUUCCCUAAUCUAAAUUGCUGCAAAUAA